AUGGGUGUCACGCCGGUCAAGAAGACACCGUCCAAGACGGGCCGCUCCCCGGCGCGCGAUCGUCGCUCGCAAUCCCGAAGCAUUAAGGAGAGCGAUUCCAUUGCCAACCCGCUUCAAAGAACUCCAAACCAUGGCCAUAAUAGGGAAUCGUCAUUCUCGCACACUCUUCCGACAGACGAGCAAAAGCGCAGCAAUGGCCGAGUCGUUGGCCGCAGCCUCAUCAUGUGGGGGCGUCCCAGAAUGGCCGAGAAGCUACUGCUACAUCUUCACUACGAAUGUACUCGACACAAGAUCGUCUUGCCCUGGGAUUCCAUUGCCCAUAGGCUCCACCCCGGCUCCUCUGGAGCUGCCGUUGUCCAGCAUCUCAAUCGCGUGCGGAAAGAGUUGAUUAGAGAGGGACACCUUGUACCGCCGGUUUGCCAAAAGCCCUGCUCCAACUCUGGUGUUGACCCCAAUAUCCGUGGCUUUGUGCGUCAGAACCCCAAUGGUGACGACAAGGACAGCAUUCGUGCUAUUCGCUUUGAUGAGAAGUACGAAGAUCUGAAGUUCAACCUCCCGGACACUUUUCAUGAUUCUGGUGAUGAGGAUGAGUGCAUGCCGGAUUCGCCUAGCCCCAUUCGUAUACAGCAACCACAAUUCUGCAGUGGUCCUCCAAGCGUUACCGAUGAGUCUGUCAACAGUCUCCACCGCUUCGAGCAAAGUUGGUCUCCCCAGAGUAGCUUCUGUUCCCCCACUAGGCAGCAGAGAUCUGAGAUGGGCGAUCUGGAGUUGGAGAGGCCGCUCUUGACUCGGUCGUUUGACACUCUCACCUCUGCGGGAUCUGUUCCGACCUCGGCCGCUCCCACCUCAGCGCCGACUCACGGCCAAUGGCAAGAGAAUUCUUGGUCCCAAUACUCGCCAAUGGGCCUUUAUCCAUACGAGAAGCGCCAUACGGAUUUCCCUACUUCCAUGCCGGGCUACUUUACCCUGCCCGCGAAUUACUCCAUGUUUUCGACCGACGAGUCCUUCGCUGCGUGGCAGGAGGAGCUUGUGACGCAGACCGAUCGCUCGCAGGUCCCAGCGCACCUGAAGUACGAAGAUGAACUUCCCACCGCGAUGAAUGAUGCUCCUGACGAUGCAUGUCAAGGCACAGAUGCAGGUGUUGGAACAGUCACCGUCGAAGCAGCCGACUGGGCGACCUCAUUCUGCGAGAUUUUGCAAUAA